CCGCCUUUCCUCGGUCUUUUCCCCGGGUAACAUGGCGCUCCGCAGAGUCCUGCUCCUGAGCUUCCUGCCGUCUGUCCUGGUGGGCGGCGGCUGCCCCCGCGGGUGCGCCUGCUCCAGGACUGCCCAGGUGGAGUGCUCGGGCGCCGAGAUCACGGAGAUGCCCGCGCCGUUGCCCGGCAACGCCAUGAGCCUACAGGUGGUCAACACCCGCCUGGCCGUUCUGGGUCCCCUGGCCUUCGGCAACGCCUCGCAGCUGCUCGCCCUGCGGAUGGAGAAGAACCUGCUGGAGCGCCUCGCUCCCCGCGCCUUCCGGCCCCUGGCGGCCCUGCGCUACCUGAGCCUGGCCAGCAACCGGCUGCAGGAGCUGCCGCCCGACGUCUUCCGGCCACUGGUCCGGCUGGAGGCGCUGCUGCUGUCGGGGAACCAGCUGCGCCGCAUCCAGCCGGCUCACUUCGCCGGGUUGAGCGCGCUCAAGGAGCUCCAGCUGCACGGGAACCGUCUGCAGGCCGUGCCUCCCGGCGCCUUCGACCAGCUGCCCAACCUGGCCCGCCUCAACCUGGCCCGCAACCAGCUGGUGCGCCUGCCGCCCCGCCUCUUCACGCCGCUGGCGCGCCUGCAGGUGCUGCGCCUCUACGAGAACCAGCUGAGCGAGCUAGCGCCCCGCGCCUUCGGCGGCCUGGGCGAGCUGCAGGAACUGGCCCUCUACCAGAACCGUCUCCGCCAGCUCCCCGCAGGCCUCUUCGCCGGCCCGCGCAGACUGCAGAAGCUGCUGCUGUCCGGCAACCUCCUGGAGGCGCUGCCCGAGGGGCUCCUGCUGGGUCUGCCCGAGCUCUCGCGGCUCUCGCUCUUCGGAAACGCCCUGCGCGAGCUGCGCCCGGGCACCUUCGGCCCGAUGCCGCAGCUGCGAGAGCUCCGGCUGGCUGACAACCAGCUGGCCUCGCUGCCCGGCCGCGCCCUGGCCAACCUUACCGCGCUGCAGGUCCUGAUUCUAAGCAAGAACCGCCUCGGCUCGCUCGCGCCCACCGCCUUCGCCGGCCUCCGGGGCCUCGAGGAGCUCGCCCUGCACUCCAACCGGCUGGCCACGCUGGACGGGGAGCUCUUGCGCGGCCUGGCCUCGUUGAGGAACCUCUCCUUGCACAGCAACCGGCUGGCCGCCUUGCCUGCCCGCCUCUUCCAGGGCACCCCCGGCCUGUGCGCCCUUCAGCUGCAGAACAACUCGCUGGAGGAGCUUCCGGCAGGCCUCUUCGACGGGCUGCCCGAGCUGCGCGACCUCCAACUGCAGGACAACCCCUGGCGUUGCGACCCCGCCCUGCGGUCGCUCCAGCGCUGGUUGCGGGAGAACAGGGCCAGCCUGGGCGGAGAGAGCCGCCACCCCCGCUGCGCCGCGCCGCCUUGGCAGCUGGGCCGGUCCCUGCUGGAGCCGGAGGCCAGCACCUUCGGUCCCGGGACCUCCGCACUGCCCGAGGGCUGGGAAACCGUCAGGAGCCGCACGGAGGCCCCUUCCGAGAGCGAGCCGACGCCGGAGACGCUGUCGGCCGGACGCUGGCAGCCGCCGCUAGAUAGCGAGCCGGGCAGCGCAGAGAUCGCCAACGAGGUCCCGGAAGAGCUCCCUGAAGCGGGGCGAGGGGGAGGCGGGAUUUGGGGCCUGACCCGCACCCAGACGGGGGUCGUCGUCACCUGCCUCGUGGUGGGCUCCGCCUUGAUCCUGGGGAUGGUGCUGGCGGUGGGCGUCUACGGCUCCAGGCGAGGAUGGCGCUGCAGGCGCAUCUGGCAUCCCCCGGAGGAGGACCAGAGAAGACUGGUUCCCCAGGAGCGGAGGACGGAAAGGAUCCCGGGCGCUGCUACGGCGAACGGGACUGGGACCGGGCGCUCGGAUGCGUUGUGCCUUUCUGGGGAGCAGUGCAGACUCGGGCAGAUUGGCCAGCUUCCGCCAGUGAGCCCUGAGAGGCAGAGACAGGCCGGACGCGCCUUCUCCGGCGGCCCAGCCUGGCAGCUCCGUCGGCGAAGCAGCCACCCUGUUGACCGAGGCUUCUGGUGGAGGCCAGGGAGCCGGGUGGGGGGCUUCCUUGGGCUCCUGGUCGCACGGAAGGCAGAAACGAUGCCCGGCCGGCCUGGCCUCCUGCUGCUGCUGGCCUUCUCGGUGCUGGCCCCGUCGGGGAGCGCCGCCUCCGCCCGCCUGUCCUCUUGCCGCUGCUUCGGCGGCGCCACCGUCUUCUGCUCGGGCCGAAACGUUUCGGACGUCCCGGAGGAGCUGCCCCCCGAGGCCACCCGGCUGCUCUUCGUGGGCGCCUCGCUGAGCUCCCUUCCCUGCCGCGCCUUCGCCCCGCGCAGCAACGGCAGCAGCGGCGGCCUGCGCCAGCUCGCCUUCCUGGACUGCCCGCUCCGGACGCUCCCGGGCUGCGCCUUGGCGGGGCUGCCGCGGCUGCGGGAGUUGGACGUGGCCCUCGCCCAGCUGGACGGCCUCCCCCGCGGGGCCCUGCUGGGCUUGGGCCGCCUGAGCAAGCUGGCCGUCCGCUACAGCCGGUUGGAAGCGCUGGAAGAGGGGCUCUUCGACGGCACCCCGGCGCUCCAAGCGCUGCAGCUGCAGGGCAACCGGCUGACGACGCUGCCCCCGCGCCUCUUCCAGCCGCUGCCGGGCCUCCGGGCGCUCUCGCUGGCCCAGAACCGGCUGGCCGAACUGCCUGCCGAGACCUUCCAGCCGCUCCUGCGCCUGCGCGAGCUCCGGCUGAGCGACAACCUGCUGACGCGCCUCCCGCCGCGGCUCUUCCGCCCUCUGGCGGCGCUGCGGGAGCUCUUCCUGGACGGGAACCGGCUGGCCGAGCUGCCCCGGGGGCUCUUCGCCGGGCUGGGCCGGCUGCGGCGGCUGCACCUGCAGCACAACGCCCUGGGGCGCCUGGAGCCCCCCGGCCUCUUGGCGGGGCUGCCCAGCCUGGCUUUCCUGCUGCUGCAGGACAACCAGCUGGCCCGGCUGCCCGCGGGGCUCUUCCGGGGGACGCCCCGCCUGGUGGAGCUCUCCCUGGCCCGCAACCGGCUCCGGGAGCUGCCCGCGGGGCUCUUCGGCAACCUCUCGGAGCUGUCUGUCCUCAGCCUCGCCCACAACCGGCUGGGCCGCGUGGCUGCCGGCACCUUCCGGGGCUUGGCCGGGCUGGGCCGGCUGCAGCUAUGCCACAACUCCCUGGCCGUCCUCCCCAGGGCGGCCUUCGCCAACCUCAGCAGCCUGGAGGCCUUGGGCCUGGCCCACAACCGGCUGGAGAGCCUGCCCGAGGGGCUCUUCGACGCCAACGAGGCCCUGGUCAGCGUGCUUCUGGAGGGAAACCCCUGGCGCUGCGACUGCCGCCUGGCCCCCCUGGCCGCCUGGCUGAGCUCUCUGGACCACCCGCUCGGCGCCCGGGUCCUCUGCCGGGCCCCCGCCCCCUUGGAGGGCAGGAGUCUCCUGGCUGCCAGGGAGGAGCAGCUCCUCUGCCCCUGCCAACCUGGCAGUGCCCACUGCCGAGGGGAUGCUCCGGCCCCCACGGAAGAGACAGGCGCCCUGGACCGGGAUGCCUAAGAGGCGGCCGGCACCCUUCAGGGUAGACCUCCCUGCAGUC